CAACCCUCUACAUCGAAAGAGUGCUGCAGGCCACAAGGCCGAACGCCGCGCCCGCGAAUUAAUUGUCUGCUUUUUUUCGGUCUCGGGGCCACCUCUGCUCAAGCAAGCACGCACGCACCGCUUUCCGUGUGGUGUCACCGCACGUGUGAUAAGAGAGAAGAAACAGAGUUGUAGCAGUAGGCGUUGAAGGUCCAGGAUUCAGGGUGAGUACAAGCGGCUGGCUCACUCAGAAGCCGGGCACCGCAUAUGCCUAGGAGUCCUCCCAGCGGCGGCGCUGCGGACGGGGGAAUUUUCUCGCGCUUCGCCUACAAGCCCACGGCAACCAGCAGCAGCAGGAGCAGCAGCAGCAGCAGCGGUCCCAGUUGCACCGGUAGGGCUUCCGCUGGUCCCGCCGUCCACGGACGGAUCAAGCGCUCUCACGGCAACAAAGACAACGCCAACGAACAAGACGACGAAAUCCUCACCUCCCCCGAGGUAACGACGAAGCAGUCGAAAUCACGCCUUCAUUUUCCGGUCGAACCCCCCGCCGCCACCUCCGAGAGGGCUGUUCCUCCUGAUCGGGGGGAGGAAGGGCGCGAUACUGCUGCCGCUAGGGCAGAAAUGAGCGAUGGUGGCGGCACGUCGUCGGGGUCGGAAGAUGUGUCCUGGUUCAAGAAACCGACCCCCACAACGCAGAAUGGCAAUGGGGGUGGGGUGGCCGGGGGGGCGGCGGGAAAGCGGUCGGUUCGGCCGGCGCAAGCUUUGGCUAGUCCUGCCUGGCUACCAAAGAACGACGCCGCCAAGAUGACACCGGCUCAGCGGACGAAAAACGUGCAGCGGGCGAAAGAUCAGCGGCAGAAAGCUCGCGGCAAGCACAGGGGGGGAGGGGGUGGUGGGAAGCGGAAAAAAGCCGGCGAUGGUCGAAGAGGGCUGCACGAAGGGCGGGGGGGGGAGGCGGAGCUGGCAAGGGCAAGGGGGGCGCCUCCGCGGGGAGAAGAGGGGCAACGCGGAAUCGGCACGGAGACGACGAUGAGAGUGAGGAGAGCUGCGAGACCGGGGAUGAUUCUGAGGAUGAAGAAAGCGAGCGACGACGACGACGGCAGCGACGACGAGCCCGAACUAACCGACGCCAGCAGCAGCAAUGGCGACAACAGCAACAACCUCAACGAGGAGGAAGCAGCGCAGCAGCAGUCAGCGUCCGCGGCAGCCGCCGCCGCCGUCCACUCCCCUACCCUAGACGCCAACGCGGCGGGAAUCCUGGCAAUCGCCGAGGCAGACGACCUGGCCAAGGUGCAGGCAAGGGCGAGGGCUAAGGCCAAGGCCAAGGCGGCUAGUGAAGCGGCGGCGCCGCAAGGCGAGGAGAAGAUGUCGGCGGCGGGGGAGGGCGGGGCCAAAGCUGUCGUCGUCGUCGAUGAUGACGGCAGGGUGGGAGCCACCGGGGAUAAGGCGGCCGCCGCCGGGAUUUCCGGUAAGGGACCGUCGGGGAGCGGUGGGAGUAAGCAGGGGAAGAAACGGCGGCGGGUUGUCGAUAGCGACGAAGAUAGCAGCGAUGACGGCGGCGGCGGGGGCGAUGAAGUGGAGGUGGUCGUAGCACCGCCUACGAGCAAGCUGAGCGAGAAGGACAAGGACAAGGACAAGGAGAAGAAGAGGAAGAAGAAGAAGAAGAAGAAGGAGAGGCAAAGCUCUGGAUACGACGAUGACGGCAUGGACGGCUCCGACCGCGGGUCCGACAGCGACGCAGACGAAGGCGCUCGCGCGCGAAAGGUGCUGUCUGAGUGCUCGGCCCUCUCCAAGAAGCUCGCCUCAGUCAUCUCUACCUGGGCGGGCACCACCACCACCGCCGCCGCCGAAGAAGAAGGGGGCUCGGCGGCUAGGGUAGGGGGGGGCAGGGGUGCGCUCGAGAUCUGCAGCCUCAAGGGCGGAAAGGCGGUGACGACGAACGAGGAGGUUCAGGAGGCGUGUCCGGGGCUGAAGCUGAAUCCGUAUCAGCUUGUCGGGGUGAACUGGAUGUGCCUCCUACGAGACACGAACGUGAACGGGGUGCUAGCCGACGAGAUGGGUCUGGGCAAGACGGUGCAGUCCAUCGCCUUCUUUGCCCUCCUCAAGCACAGGAGGAAGGGGGCCCCGCCGAGACGGCCACAUCUGGUCGUGGUCCCAAGCUCGGUGCUGGACAACUGGGCCAGCGAGCUGGAGAAGUUCUGCCCGGCGCUCGACUUGGUCAAGUACCACGGCUCUCAGAAGGAGCGGGCCGCCAUGAGGCACAGCCUCAACCGGGUGGCGUCAGACGCCGAUAGGGAGGCCAUGCCCGACAUUAUCCUGACCACCUAUGUAGUCUGGGAGCGGGAGAGCUCGGCGGACGACAGGGCGUUCCUGAAAAGGUUCCGUUACGACUACAUGGUGCUGGACGAGGGCCACAGCAUCAAGAACAUCAAGUCCAGCCGCUUCCAGCGGUUGAGAGUCGUCUCCGCCAAGCACCGUCUGCUACUCAGCGGAACUCCCGUUCAGAACAACCUCGGGGAGUUGCUGGCCCUUCUGUCUUUCCUCAUGCCGGAAAUAUUCCGGAGCGACGUGAUCGAGACGCUGCUUGAGUUCCUGGGCAACAACGCCGACGAACAGGCGUCCUCUUCUUCUUCUUUCCAGGUGCGGGAGGUGCGGGGUAUGCUAGCACCAUUUGUGCUCCGGCGCCUCAAGUCGGACGUCUUGAAGCAGCUCGUGGCCAAAAACGAGAGCCUCGAGAAAGUGCCGCUAUCGAAGGUCCAGCGGUCUCUGUACGACGGGGUGUUAGAGAACCACGUCCGUCAAAAACGAGCCGCCAUCGAGAGGGCCCUCGCCCAAGAACGCGCCUUGUUCGGCGGCGGCACCGUCACCGACCUCACCAGCAACGUCACUCGUAGCAGCGGCGGUGGCGGGGGGGAGAGAAGAACAGCAGCAGCAGCAGCAGCAGCAACAACAACAGGAGCAAAAGGUGGUGGCGACGGGGAUGCGAUUGAGAUUCUGGACGAUGGUGUUGCCGGCCGGAGGAGCGGAGGCCACGCGGGUGGCGAGGAGGGGGAGGCGGACUUGCUGGAGGAGGUCGGGAUCAGCGCCAAGGAGUGCAAGAACAUCUUCACCGAGCUGAGAAAGGGCGCCAACCACCCCCUCAUGCUGCUGAACCACUUCAAGGGCGGCGGCAAGAUGGAGAAGGUCGUGGAAGUGCUCCACAGGACCGGCUACUUCGGCGGACAGGCUACCAAGGACAUGGUUGCGAAGGAAGUCUCGGGCUAUUCGGACUUCGACCUUCACCAAGUGUGCUCAGGGUUCGACAGCCUGAAGCACCUCUGCCUCUCGGAGGAGACUCUCUUCACCUCUGCCAAGAUGGAGAGGCUGAGGACGCUGUUGCCGCAGCUGGUGUCGGAGGGGCACCGGGUGCUCCUCUUCUCGCAGUGGACUCGACUGUUGGACCUGUUGGAGGCAAGUGCGCAUGUGCUCCUGGGAGACUCGAUGGGCAUGACUUUCUGCCGCCUGGACGGCUCCACGCCGGUGUCCGAGCGCAAGGCGCUGAUCGACAAGUUCGGCGCCGACACGAGCAUCCCCGUGUUCCUCCUCAGCACGAGGGCGGGAGGGCUCGGCAUCAACCUGACCGCUGCGGACACGGUGAUCUUGCACGACGUUGACUUCAACCCGGAGAACGAUCGCCAGGCGGAGGACCGAUGUCACCGUAUUGGCCAGACCAAGCCGGUAACGGUGAUCAGGAUGGUUGCGGCGGGUACAGUCGACGAGGACAUCUACCUCAUGGGGGAGAGGAAGAAGGAGGUGAACCAGCGCGUGCUGAACGACUCGGGGAAGAAAGGGGAGAAGGACGCUGCGUCUACGAUCUCAGGUAUCCUGAAGCGAGCGAUCCAGGUCCACGUCGGGUCUCCGCCGUAGCGAGGUGUUUCCACACCAGUGCAACUGCCAGAGAUAGAUUUCCGCGCCCUGCCGACUAUCGAGGACCACAACUGUACCUCUGGCAGCUACAAGCUUAGCCUGGGUGUUGCAUAGAUGCGGUUUGGAGCACUUUGUUCGGCCAGCCAGAGUGUCGCGUGCUUCGUACGGGGCGCGACGAUGAGAGAACAAGGCAAUGUACGAUAGGGCCAGCCCCCUGCUGCCAGUUCAUUAGCCGUGUGGCAUGAACCUGGAGAGUGAUCUUGGUUUCGAAGACGAAUGGUUGGGCGCCGCGUUUUGUAGAAAUGCGCGGAGGGAGCAUCUUUGACCAGCAACAAAUCAAUUGCACACAAGUUUAUCUAUUUAGUACCAGCGUUGAUGGUACCGGUGGUGGUCUUGUCUGGAGGGGUGCUAUCUCAAAAGAGAGGCGUUUUGCAAAGAGUGUUUCGCGCGCGCCGGGGAAAACUAUAUUUUUGCGCGCGAGCGUUUAGCUUGCCGCAGUUGGUGCCUCUCAGAAUUUUUGGCAGCAUGUCAGGGGUUAUCCUUGUGCGGGUGUUCUCGAGACGAGGACACGCCGCGAGUAUGGCGGCGUGCACUGAUGCGUAGAGAAAGCAUCUUGCCCGUCCUCAGAGUGCGCUGUUGUAUCUAAGGAAGAACCAGCGCUCAACUGGUUCCGGUAUUGCAAUGCGAAGACACAACUACUUGUGCCGCGUCGCUCGCAGCUGUAGCGGUUGUGCACCAAGUGUUCCUCUGCACUGCUAGCGGUGCAUGACCGCAUAGAUACGGCCAGUUGAAAUCAACAUUUGCGGGCAUCGUCAGACUAUUGUUGCACCGUUUUCCUAAAGCAGGCGAAUCGUUCUGUGUCUUUGUGUGGGCGUGGUUUCUUUUUGAUAUCAGUGCUUUUAUCCAGCCAAGAGUUGGGUGCAGCAGCCAUACGCCAAGGUUUUUCGCCGCACGGAGCGACGGAAGGGGGAGGGGGAGGGGGGGGGCGGAUAUUUUGCAUGAUUCUAGGGCGGGGGGUACGUGCUUGUUGUGGUUGUGGUAUUUGAGGCCACUACGGUGCCAAUCGUUCUCGCCGUAUGCUUUGGACACCGCGCGUAUGCCUGCGAACUGAAUUGUUGUGCAUGCGUACUCGUUCCCGUGCAUGGGGGCUCUGCGGCUUUUGGGUCCCAACCUGGCUUUGCAACCUGGUUGUCGUAUUUUUGAAGAAAUGUGACGGAAGGGCAGAGAGCAGAUUGGUCUAUUGAAGGGAGACUGCCGUUGGCGUGGCCGCCUUUACAUGACAUGAGCGAGUGAUGCCGCUACUUGUGCGGGGUACGUACACUUGGUGCUCGUUUUUGGGUCUGUGACACAGAUCGGUGAGGGGGUGAGGGG